AUGGCAUCCCCACCUGAUUCACUGCACGGUUCACCGCCCCAUGAGGACCAUGCUCCCACACCUCUCGAAUCCCCAGAAUCUCCUCGUAGGUUGAUUACACCCCGACCUAUUGACCUGUCUCUCCUGACAUUACAGGAGAAGCACAUAUCCACAUACGUGUGGAAUGGUGCGACAGAUCGGCGGCUUAAUGUCAGAAUGACGUCUACACACGAUCCUAUGCAAAUUCCCGAGGAGAUUCAUCCAUACUUGAGGCAGGCAGGUUUCUUCCACGUUGCGUGGCUGCGCAACCAUGAUAUUGACCAUGCGCUUAUUUCUGCUCUCGUGGAGCGUUGGCGCCUUGAGACGCAGACGUUUCAUAUGGUUGACAGUGAGAUGACCAUUACUUUGGAGGAUGUUCAUCAUCUAUUGGGCUUGCCCACAGAUGGUCAAGUUGUUUUUGGUCGGGCUGGACAACAUAAUUGGUGA